AUGUAAUUCAACUUUUACUUAUCAAAAUGUAUGUCAGUUAAUGAGAAUGGAAUAACAAUAUUAAAUGGAAACUAAAAACGUAAUCCUUAACUUGAUGUUGUUAUUACAAUCAUGGGUGAAGCUUCUGCAUUAGUAAUCUAUUUAUAAAUAAGUUAGGCAUAAAAUUUGAAAUAAGUUAUAACUAGUCCAAUUAGAUUCUUUUAGACUGAUUAAAAGAUGUAUAUUAAGUCAGAAGGAAAAGUAAGUAUUCAAAAGUAUUUCUAAGCAAUGUUUAGGUAUUCUAAAAAUAGGAAGAAAAAAUUUAUUUCAUAGAGAUUUAAAUGGAGUAAUAAAAGAAAUCUAACCUAUAUGUGUACUUGACUUUUAUGUACAUGAAUCUGUACAAAGAAAAGGUAUUGGCAAAGAGCUUUUUGAAGAAAUGCUCAGAUAAGAAGUUUUGACACCAGAAAAAUUAGCAUAUGAUCGACCAUCACCAAAAUUAUUGGGAUUCCUUAAGAAAUACUAUAAUUUAUAGAAUUAUAUCCCUCAAAAUAAUAAUUAUGUCAUUUAUUCAUAAUACUUUGAUAAUAAAUAAACAAAUAUUUUCUAAUAGCAACUUACACAAUAGACUCAUUAAUAAUAGUAAAACCCUCAAUUAGUUAACUAAUAAAGAGUUUAAUAAUAAUAAACUCCUUAGAAGAUGGAUUAAUUGGAUCAUAUGAUGUAAUAAAUGUCUUUAGAAUCAAAAUAACAAUAUUCAUAAUAUCAAAAAAGUAAAGGAUAACCUCCUUGGGCAACAGAUUAGAAAUAAUAUUAAAAUGUAAAUAUAUAUAAAGGAUUAAUUUAAGAUGUAUUAAACAACUACAGGAUUAAUGUCAGCUUAAAUUCAUAAAAAAUGA